CCGACUUUUUCCCGGAGUUCCGCUCCCAGGAACAGGCCGAGCUAAACCAACAAAAACUUCCCUUCUCCAUAUUGGCGUUUACAUAGCCGCGCCUCCUGACCAAGCCCGAGAUUGAGAGAGGGGAGCGGCCUUCAGGAUAUCGGGACUGAAGCAGAGGUAGUCCCAUGUUGCAGCUUCUCCAAACCUACCUACUGCUGCUCCUAGCGUGCCAUUCUGGGUUCAUUCCAUGGCUUCAUAAUCAUGGUAGAAUGAGGAAUAUGCCAAGGUUUCCUUACCCAUGUUUGACCUGAUGCCAUGAGACUGUAGUCAAUGCUGAGGGUUACUGCCUUCAUACAAUUGUGCCACCCCUUUGAGAAGUCAGCCUUGCCAGCUAUACAGGACAUACCCAAGGACUGUGAUCGAGAUGUCUGGCAUAUUGUCUAAAAGAUGCCCAAGAAAAUGAUGUUCUCCAAAGAAGCUAAGGAUGGACACGACCUGAAUGGAUUUGAAAUGUAUACCUUCCACUGUGUGACCGUUUUCUGCUUUUCCUGAGAAGCAAUGAACUGCAGAUAGUGACUUUGGAGAAAUGUCGAUGACAACAGAGUGCACGGCAGAAGUGAUGCCAUCACAAAAUGCCAGUCGCUACUUCAGCUACACACUGGAAAGCCACACGGUGGAGGCCUUUAAAAUAAUGAAUGAAAUACGCUUAAAUAAGCAACUCUGUGAUGUGACACUCAGGGUGAAGCACAAUACUCUGGAAGAAGAGUUUGUUGCACACAAGAUUGUUCUCGCCUCUUGUAGCCCUGUUUUCAAGGCCAUGUUUACCAAUGGCUUGAAAGAAUGUGGAAUGGAGGUCAUACCUAUUGAGGGUGUUCACCCUAAAGUAAUGCAGCGUUUAAUUGAGUUUGCAUACACAGCCAGUAUUACAGUGGGAGAGAAAUGUGUACUGCACGUUAUGAAUGGAGCAGUUAUGUACCAGAUAGAUAGUGUUGUUAAAGCAUGCUGCAAAUUCCUGGUGGAGCAAUUGGAUCCAAGUAAUGCCAUUGGUAUCGCUUCAUUUGCUGAGCAAAUUGGCUGCAGUGAGUUGAGUCAAAAAUCCAGAGAGUAUAUAUACCUGCACUUUAGUGAGGUAGCAAAACAAGAGGAGUUCUUCAACCUCACACAGUGCCAAUUGGUCAGCCUGAUCAGCCGUGAUGAGUUGAACGUGCGCAGUGAAUCUGAAGUCUAUCAUGCUUGUAUAGAGUGGGUGAAAUAUGAUCCAGAGAACAGGCAUCCAUACGUUCAUGCAUUACUGAAUGCGGUAAGGUGCCAUUCUCUGACCCCAAACUUCCUGAAAACUCAACUGCAGAAGUGCGAAAUACUCCAAAUGGAUUCCAAGUGUAAAGAUUAUCUUGUGGAAGUCUUUAAGGAGCUGACAUUGCACAAACCAACCAAGGCAUGCCCCUGCAGGUCUCCAAAUGUUCCUCAAUUAAUGUACACAGCAGGAGGCUAUUACAGGCAGUCACUGAAUUUUCUGGAAGCCUAUAAUCCUCUGGAGAACUGUUGGAUCCGACUGACAGACAUGCCAAUGCCUCGAAGUGGUUUAGCUGCGUGUACAGUGCAUGGACUUCUGUAUGCAGUAGGUGGAAGAAACAAUUCGCCAGAUGGUAACACUGAUUCGUCUGCUUUGGAUUGUUACAAUCCCAUGAACAAUCAGUGGUCCCCCUGCACACCAAUGAAUGUUCCUAGGAACAGAGUAGGAGGAGGAGUGAUUGAUGGAAUGAUCUAUGCCGUUGGUGGAUCUGAAGGCUGCAUCCAUCACAGUUCUGUGGAAAGGUAUGAUCCAGAAAAGGACCAGUGGGAGUUUGUGGCUUCAAUGUCAACCAGUAGAAUUGGUGUCGGUGUUGCAAUUGUAAAUCGCCUUCUAUAUGCAGUCGGUGGCUUUGAUGGAACAAAUCGCCUCAAUUCGGCAGAAUGCUAUCAUCCUGAAGAUAAUAGGUGGACUACCAUUGCAUCAAUGAACACUGUUAGGAGUGGAGCAGGUAUCUGUGCACUAAAAAACUCUGUGUACGCAAUCGGUGGAUAUGAUGGUGUAAAUCAGCUGAACAGUGUGGAGCGAUAUGAUGUCGAAUUGGACAAAUGGACAUGUUUAGUGCCAAUGAAACAUAAACGCAGUGCUCUUGGAGUAACUGUCUAUCAGGGCAAAAUUUAUGUACUUGGUGGCUAUGAUGGACAAGAUUUCCUCAGUAGUGUGGAAUGCUUCGAUCCGGACACUGGCCAAUGGACAGAAGUGACACAAAUGACCUCUGGGAGGAGUGGUGUAGGUGUUGCUGUCACAAUAGAACCGUGCAAUUUGGCUCAGUGCUAAUGUUCCUGAUCUCUGGAUCAACCUCAAUCUUAAUAGUUCUCUUGGACUUUCUGCUGUGAUCACCUUUUUUUUAAAAGACUUUACCAGCACUUUAGUGCAAAUCCCAUUUUCAAAUAUGGAGAGCUUUUUGCACUUGUUUUUUCUGUAAAUCAGAAGAAAAUUUAUAUAAACUCUGACAAUUUGACAUUUGAUAACUAAUAAGGAACAUAAAUUCUGAACCGCACAACCAAUCCAAUUAGAGAUCUUAAUGAAUACUUGUUAGAUAUUCACAGGUGGGUUUGUGUUGCAGGGCUUGUCUUGCUCACCAAUCUGAAAUCUACAGUGUUUAUCACCUAUUCCCAAAGACAAUUUCCCUGUUCUAAUGAGGAUGGCAUCUUGUAACAAUAUGCUAAUUACCUAAAUUAAUUAACUUUGAUAUUUGCAAUUACCCACUUCUUGAACAGCAUGCACUAAAUAACCGUAAUAGACGGGCAUAUGGUAGUAAAUUGAAGCAGGAGCCUGACUGCUCCACGUAUGAGUGCAGAAUCCAGGUCGGAUUACAUUAGCUGCACAGAGUUAGAGGAGGAGCAGGGGGAUGGGCACUAGAGCGAACAUCCAUUUAAAAGAUUUUCUCUUUGCUCACUACAUCUGUUUUCUCUUGUGCUCUGUUGAGAAGGGGAAGUGUAAUUUAACUGCGACUGUUUCCCAGUGCCAUACCACUUUAUUUUGCACUAGUACUUGGGUAAAAACAUCCUUAAAAAAAAUAAUUGAAUCCAUUCUAACAAAAUGAACAUCAUUGACUUAAUUUCUAAGACAGUAUUUUUAAUAAAAUAUGUUCAUUUUAAUAAAUGUUGUAUUUAAUAAAUUC